GAGAGGUUUCCAAAGUGAAACUAGGGGACAUGAAAUUUAGAAAAUCUAAGCCCAACGCUGAUAUCGCUGCAGGGUUGACAAAAUUCGAGACAGAGCUUCUGUCGAAACUUGUCCGCAUAGAAAUUCAGGGAAAGCGAGGACGAAUCGUUCCCAUCCUCUUGACCGCGACCCUUCAGAAAUGGGUCACAACGCUGCUGGAAUGCAGGAAAGAUGUAGGAGUGAUGGAUACCAACUGCUAUUUUUUUGCAAGAAUUGGAACAGAUACACAUGUCCGUGGGUCCGAUGUCCUAAGGGAGGCAGGGCACGCGAGUGGUGCUGCCCAUCCUGACACCCUCACCACUACGCUUUUACGGAAGCACAUCGCCACCACUUCUCAGAUCCUCAACCUAAAACACAACGAACUCGACAUACUGGCCAACUUUCUGGGCCACGACAUCAACGUACAUCGCAGAUUUUACAGACUGCCAGACGAAACCCUGCAGCUCGCCAAAGUCUCCAAGCUUUUGAUAUCUAUGGAAUCCGGGGACAUUGCAGCCUGCAAGGGAAAAAACUUGGACAAUAUUGAUAUCCAGGAUAAUGAAGAAAUCAUCAACGAUAACGAUCUUCAACCCGGAGAAGUUGAAGAUAAACGUGCAGGAAUCAAACCGACUAGAAUCGGGGCUGAGGACGAGGAUCUUCCAUCUGAAGAAAACGAAGUUGAACGAGAUGAGUUCAGACGAAUGAAACAUAUUGUCAAAGCGAUAUGUUUCUUUGGAAUGCAGGAACAUGGAAAUGAUGUGGGAGCACCUGACAAUAAACGGCAAACCAUGAGGGGCCCCCAGAGAACUGAAAGAAGAAGACGACAAAGAAAGUUCUGGACGAAAGAAGAAAAAGCCGCGAUUGGGAGACAUUUUUCGGAGUCGAUUAAACUCAGAAAUCUGCCAGGAAAGGCAGCGAUUGAGGCGUGUCGGAGAAAGGAGCCAAUAUUGUACCAUCGGCAGUGGAAUAACAUAAAGGACUUUGUCAGAAAUGCCAUUACUAGAACGAGUCAGGAAUAAAUGACGAAUUUACCCCUAUCAUCGACGGCGACUGUGUUUUCUUUCUUUACUCCCGUAGAUAACUACCACAUUUCAAUGUUUCUUGACUACAGAUUCCACUAUCACUAUGUUUGUUCUGCUUCUCAGAUUUAACUGUUAAUUAGCUAUUCAAUUUUGUGCUUCUUUCACAUUCGGAAAAAAGAGGAUUGAGGGUAAAUUCGUCAGUGAGUGUCACAAUAGUUUAGAUUGUGCCUACUCCACAAGAAGAUCAUUUAUUGUUGUUAUUUGUGCUGUGCUCUAGUGAUCUCUACAGUUAGUUCAUACAUUAGCUUCAUUGCUUUACAUAUUGUUCUUUGCUUGAAUUUAGCUUUUAUUCACUCUGCACAACGCUAGCAUUUUAGUUUUUUCAAUAUAUUUUAAAAAGUAUACUUGCAUAUAUAUAUAUACAUACACUAAAAUCUAUCUAUUGCAUUAAUUGUAUUUCCAUUACCAUUAGCUAUGCAUGUGAAGGAGGUCGUGGCGUUGCUUGGGUAUAUUUUAUAACAACUCUAGUGUUGAAUUGUUGUAUAUCUCUAUGAAUGUCGAGCUUGUGGUGCUUCCUUUAUCAAAGCCCGUCACAAAAAAGAAUGUAUGUAACCGGGUACCACACCAAGCUUUACACGUAGCCCUAGGUUGUUUGUAUUUGAUACUACGUGCCACUGAAAAGCUUUGAUGUAUAUAAGUCUCAAUAUUAGCCAGAAGCCUGUUAAAAACGCCUGUUACAAACUUUCAAAUGCGUUUCUUCUGUCCAUCUCACACACUGGAUUAGAUACUUUACCCCGACAAGAAUGACGAUUUCUUUUUACCAUUUAAAAAUCUUUAUCUGCUAUAAUUAAGAGGUACAAAUGGAAGAAGUUGGCUAAUAAGUCUAGCUCUGCCAUUUACCAUUCGUCUACGAGUGAUUACAUGGGAGACUACCAAGCAAUUUGUGUGAAACAAAAAAAGUAAUCAAAACAGAGUUGCUUCCCUUACACUGCGGGAAAGGACCGCUGAAGCAUGUU